AGCAAGUUCACACAUAGGCGCAUGGUCGUAGGGGUCAUAUGAACUCACUUUUUUUUUGGAGGGGUGUUGUAAUCGGUUGCAAUGCCCUAUUUUGCAGUCUUAGCGACCCAAGUUUUUCUUGUAUAUAUGUGUCAGUUUAUAGUAUAAGUAUGUGUGGAGGGAAAUGAACCAUCAGUUGAUCGAAGGAUUUGGUAUGGAGACAGCAGAAGGACAUGAGGAAUCAGAAUCUUCAAAAUUAGUCAGUGACAGAGGGUUAGAGAGGAAUGGAGAAACCAUAUCAGUCUUUUCAGGUUCUCCAACUUCUGAACUAAAAUCCUCAUGGGAAAGAGAGGGAGUAAAAAGAAACAGAGGACCCAGAGUACGGAGACGACGAAAUGUCCGCAGUCAUUCAUUACCAUCUUGGCAGCUGAACAAAUACUCUGCUGGUGAAAUCCGGCGCAUACGUGAGCGUCUGCUAAGAACACAGAGACACCCUGAGCCUGGACCAGUUAGGCAUUUCACUCGUACACAGAAACUUGCACUAACUUCUCUUGCUCUUGUUGAUUUCAUCAGUUUCUGCUCCAUGUCCAUUAUGGCACCAUUCUUCCCAAAAGAGGCUUCACAAAAGGGAGUGUCAGAGAUUGUAUCUGGUCUUGUCUUCAGUUUCUAUGCACUAGUUAUGUUUGUUUCAUCGCCUUUAUUUGGAAAAAUUCUUCCUCGUGUUGGGGCUAAGUUCCUUUUAAUGUCAGGCAUGUUUGUGGCUGGUAGUUGCAACUUCUUAUUUGGGAUGUUGGCAUACAUAGAGAAUUUCCCAACCUUUACGACCUAUUGCUUCGUGGUCCGUGGGAUGGAAGCACUAGGAGCAAGUGCAUAUGCCACAGCUAGUUACGUAUUUGUGGUUGAUAUCUUCCCUGAUAACAUUGGAUCUGUUCUUGGAAUUCUUGAGACUUUUGUUGGCUUAGGAAUGAGUAUAGGACCUGCACUUGGUGGAAUUCUGUACUCAGUAGGAGGGUUUGGACUACCCUUCUACACACUUGGGAUCCUCAUGGUAAUCAUCGUGCCCAUCAACUUCUGUUUAUUACCACCAGGCGAUGCACGCAACAUGGAGCAGAAAAGUGGGUCAUUGUUGGAGUUGAUACAGGUCCCGUCAGUCAUCAUGAUCAGUCUAGUGAUUGUUGUCAUUUCUAAUAUAUGGGGCUUCCUUGAUCCAACUCUAGAACCACAUUUAAGAGAGUUCCAGUUGAGUCCCGAGCAUGUUGGACUUAUCUUCCUUCUGUUUUCUGCACUGUAUGGCAUAUUCAGCCCAAUAUGGGGCUGGCUUGCUGAUCACUGUAACAAUCACUGGUCCAUGAUGGUAUGGGGACUGCUCAUCUGUACUGUUGGAUUACUUCUGUUGGGUCCUUCACCUCUGAUACCUUUCCUUACAAACACAAUUUGGUUGAAUCUGGUUGCAUUGUCAAUUCUUGGAAUCUCGGUAGCACUUGUACUCCUGCCAACAUUCCAGGCUGUAUUAGAGAGUGCAAUUGAAGGAGGAUGCAGCGAUGAUUUGUCAACAUACAGCUUAGUAGCUGGAAUUUGGUCUUGCAUGUAUUCACUGGGGGAAGUGAUAGGACCAUCAGUAGGUGGAGUGUUAUUAGAAUACUAUGGCUUUCCAAUUUGUGCCACUGUCAUGGCCUGUGUUACAUUUGUGUUGGCUGUGGUAACACUGGUGUUCUUUGUGUUGAAAGAGACCACAAGUCUAAGUCAAGGUGAUGACAGCAUUACUGAUAGUGGUAUCAGUGAAUCUACAAGUUCUUGGGAUCAUGACAGGGAGAGGGAACAUGAUCGUGUGAAUGGUUCAGACUGUCGAGAAGAUAGUCCUCUGCUGGCCAGUGGGGGCACCGAUUAUGAUCUCUACACCAGGGAGAAAGUUGAUUAUUAUGAGACCCUUGUCCAUGAGGAAGGGGAUAGAGAUCCAAAUAGAUUGCUGGAUGUGAGGCGGGUUGUAGCCAUUACAGGAAGUGGUGCCUGUGAAGUUUAGGUUGUAUCUGAGAAGACAUCUGUGAAUGAACAAAUAUGAGGGUUGUCAGUUAUCAACUGGAUAAUAACCAGAGGUAAUGAAUGUUGAGUUACAAUGGCAACAGAGAAAGAAGACUGAAAUCAGCUAUACAGGGUGAGAAAUGGAAAGUGAUUUAAUUGCCAGAAACAACAAAAGAGUAUUAUUAUUACAUUGUCUAUUGGAAGACAGAGUAACUCAAAAGACCAGGUACCCAGGCACCUCCAGAUUUCAUUGCUGCUAUUGUUGGGACGUGCUGGUUCUCAGUUUUUAGUUUAUAGGACAGUGCCACUCUAAUUUUAUACUUUUAUUUUAUAAUGUAUUAAAAAUGUGAGAAAUACGAAUAGUCAUAUAUAUUUACUAGCCCUUCAAAACUUAAUUUCUUUCAGUUUUCAUGAAUAAGAAAAAUGUGCCAUUUUUAACACUUUGAGCCCAGAGGACUCAAUAGCCUUAUGGUCAAAUAAAAGUUCUAAAUAUCUAUCAAUUGUUGGCACUGAGUGAACAUAAUAUGUAUUUGUAGAAUACUGAAGUACAUAACUCUUGCAUUAUAUGUAUAAUUAUGAAUUCAGGCAGGAUAUCUUAAAUUCUGAUUGAUCUCAGUGUGUCAAAACCACAUUAGACUGAAUCUUGAAUGGGUUCAACUCAACGUUCUCAUAUUAUGUAUGUUUAUUUACAAUAAAUAGAAAUGAUAAAGAUUUACACUAGGUAUCCCAAAACUUGCAUUUCAGUCAAAAUUAUAUAUGUAUGUGUUUCCUUUAAAUCAUGCAGUUACAGUUAUUUUUCUCUUCUCUGUGUGAGAAAUUAAAAACCAAAUAAAGGGCUGUAAUAUUGGUAAAUCUCUGGAAUGUGUCAAACUUUUGCGAGCCAUAGUUAGCUCACUCCCUUAGGUAAAACAUUACCAGCAUAGAAGGGAAUAAAGAUUUAUGCAAGUGAAGAGAAACAGGAAAAUUUAUGAAAUCAGCAUCUUCAUUUAUAUUAGACUGUGGAUAGCACACACAAUGGACAAAGUCCAGUCCCUUCAGGCAGAAAAGGUAUUGGGUUAAUUUUAAAAUUGCAUAUAUGGUCAUGUGUUCAUGGCUCCAUGACUAAUAAUGGGUUUUUGGAUUGGAUUUAUUUAUGCCUUCUUUACAGUCUCUCUUUUAAUCUUAAUCAGUUACAACAGUUAACAAUCAACAACUGCCUAAGACUUGCUCACUCCAUUCUGGCUGGACUAUGACUGUCUUCUCUUAUAGUGUGACUGACUUGAUUCUGAUUUACAAAUCACUCCCUUCUAAGUCACGAAUGAAUUCUGAAUGAUGAAUCACAAAUGAAUCAUUAAAUGAAUGCGUUCUUGUCUGCACAGCCACUUAUAUGAUCUAGCUGUAACCUGGGAAAGUGUUUAUUGCUUGUUCGUUUACAUGGAAACCUUUGUUGAAUGUUCAUUUACACGGAAAUGUGUUUUGUACUGAGUUGUUUCCUAGAAACGGCCUACAUGUCACAUUGAUCCCUCCUUAAGGCUGUUCAUCUUGAAUAGCCUAGAGGUGUACCGCCUUUUCUUCUUCCAAGGGCUGCGCUUGGUUUCAUCUUCUUGUGGCUUGAUUUUUUCUGCGGUGGCUUCUCUCGCACUGCUCCCUGCUUAAGGCCACUUGCCCUGAGUGGCUCCCUGAUAAGGUUCGAGUCAGUCCACAUGUACCACCAUCAUCCACUUUUUUCUGUCCAAACGGUGGGGACAGAACUAUCCAGAGUGGCUGGUGCUCCUAUAUUUCUGGCUCCUCUUACGCUAACAAUGCCAGUAGGCUCUUUUUCUGUUUCAGAGGGAGCCGGCCCCUCCAUAGUGUCCAAUCCCUGAUCUUUCAUAACCCAACAGAAUAUUUGGAUGCUGGCCUGGCGAUCUCCAAUCCAAAGGUCUCCCCAAAGAUUUGUUCAGCUGCCGCCUUGUGCCUUAGUCCUUAAUCCCACUUUUGCAUUCUGGAUUUGGCUGAUGUCUCUUCCCAAGCUCCUGUCCUUUUGGGGUUCUUGUACCAUCUUGUCCCUAGUCCGAUUUUUCCCAACGAUGUUUCCCUUGCACCAUACCACUCCUGACAGUGGGUCAUCUUAAUGUGUGUGGCGCCCAAUUUCUUGUGGAAUCCACAGUUUCCCCAGGUCCUUUCCUCCAGCUGACAGCGGCGCCCCACGGCUAUAUGCCGGUCCCUGUGCUGCUUAUUCAGCCCUCUGCCAGCUUCCACUGCAGCAUCUUCCUUAGGGACCUCCUGAUCAUCCCCUCCAGAUUGAGUUUCUUCCGGAUUUGUCUCCAAAUCCAUGGCCACUGUCUUUUCUAGACAGGCCAUCAUCCUGGCAUGAUGGGCAUCCAUCUUGGAGAUGGGGGAAGCCAUCUGGGCUUUCAUCUCCUCUUGAUGUCUAUUCAUUGUGGCUUCCAUCCUACCAGCAAAUCUUCUUUCAUGUGUUCUUGGCUGGUUAUUAUUUCAGGUAGCAAGCAUGUCAUCAUUCGUUCUGUCUCCAUAAUGUGGUGAUAUGACUAUAUGAUGCAAUCUUCAGUCCAAUGCAGUUUCCAAUCCUACCACUUCAGACACCAAAAUAUCGUGUGUUUAUGGCUGUGUCACUAAUGAUGUGGCAGUAUAACUUCUUCUGCAGUCUUCAAUCCAAUAAUUUGAUCCACUCUAACCAUUUCUUACACCAGUUGUCAAGUGUAUAUUGCUCCAUGACCAGAAUGCAUUCAAUCAUACGUGAGGAUUGGUUCAUACAUGAGAAGUCAUUCAUAACAGAAACCAGGUUAGAAGAGAAAACAGUUGUAGUCCAGCCAGAAUGGAGUGAGUCUUAGGCAGUCAUUGAUUGUGAGCUGUUAUAGCUGAUUGUGAUCAAGAGUGAUGGUAAAAUGUGUCAAUAAAUCCAAUCAUCCAAUCCAGAACCCAUUAUUAUUAGUCAUGGAGCCAUAAACACAUGACAGUAUGUUGUAUUUAGACUGGUGGACUGAAAUUUAUCUAUACUUUCUAAAAUAUCAGAACCUUUAGUUUGUGUUAAUCAUUUAGAUAUAGGGUACCUGGACAACAAAUGCAAGGUGUGAAGUUUAGUGGGACAUAAGUUGGCCUAGUAACAUUGUCCUCACAUUAACUGUUUAGCUCAUUUUACUGAAAUCUUUCUCUGUAUAUUUGUUCAAUAUGUCAAUCACUGUCCAUGUGACCUGUACGGUAGCUCAAUUAAACAUUAUGAAAUGUGUGAUUAUUACUGUUAUGUACAUAAGUACAGGAGACAUACAUGUUUAAAAUAUAAUGAAGGACUGUUACUAUUUAUAAUGUAUUCGCUUAUAUUCUUCCAAGGGCAUUAGAUGUCUUAGAGGCUCUAUUCUAAAUGAAAAGCGUUUUUGAAUAUUGUGAAUAGUGCACUAGUUAGUUCUGCAGUCAAUACAGUGACUUUUAUAGUCUGUGCUUUGCUUAAGUGUGUUGGUGAAUGUGUGGUUCACCAGGCACCUACUGUUUACAAUAUAAAUCCUAUUACUACAAAGUUAAAAUCUGGCCAACAGUGUUAUAGUGGAGGGAAAUAUAAAUUCCCCAUUCCAAAUGAUGGUUAGACCAUUUGCUUUCCAUUUGACACUAAAGUUAGAAACUUGUUUCAUUUAUGGCAUUAGUUCCCAAACUUUUAUCGCUUUAUGAACCCCUUCCCUGAGGAAUGAAAACAUGCAAACUUCCAUCCAUAAUACUUUUUAGAUUUUUCUGUAUAUAUGCCAUUUCUUUCUUUCCUGGCUCACCCCCAGUCAGCUAAAUUUGACCACAUAAUUGAAACAGGCUGCAAGAAAUAAUAAUAUUUUAACAAAAAGAUAAUCACCGCGGUCUGUAUAUUAUGUUUUGUGAAUUCACUUCAGCUUAUACUGAUGCACAAACAUUUUGCUGUUACUACCGUUAUAUAGCAAAUUCUCCAAGGUAAGGAUGAGUUAUUAGGCUACAGACCAGACAAUCACAUUUCUAUUCCUGGUAGGAGCUGAAAUUUUUCUCUUCACCAUCACAUUCAGGCUGACUGUGGGGCUGAUCCAGCCUCAUGCAAUCACUACCUGGGGCUCUAUCCCCAACAUCAAAGCAGCCAGAGCAUGAAGCUGAUCAUUCACCUCUCUCUAGAGCCGAGGUUCAGCUUUAUGCUGCAGCUGUUUUAUCCCCGAGAAAAGAGACCCUAGUAUACAUUGCCUCAGGGGCUAAGUAAAUCUCUGCUGGCUUCAUGAUCCUGGCUUUCAGCAGACAUGCCACAAUAUUAUAACAUUAAAUUAUAUUAUACAGAGUGCCUAUUAUCAUAUGUAGAGUAUUUUCAUAUAUUUUAAACCUGUGUCUGAUACAAAUAUUCAAAUUACUUUUUGGCAAAACAGAGUAAACCAUACAUAUAGUAAAAUUAAAAAAAAACCUAACAAUUUGAACUUUGUACCCUGUGUCAUGUGAGUUAUAGCAGUUAAAGCCCACAGAGAUGUAUUGUACUAAAGUACACACACAGAUCUUUGUUAUAACAUUUAAUUAUAGAGACUGUACUGUAUAUAGAAACGUGGUGCAUUAUACAGUGCUCUUGUGUAAGCUGGCUGUGUUAAAUUAGAAUAAUGACCGACCACAGUGAAUCCCUAUUUUAGGUUUCUUUGGGGACCAGUGGAUUUGAACAAUAAAAUUAGGAAUAUCUUAAAUUAAGGUAACUAAAAAUGAGAUUAUUAACCUGGGAUCAUUGGAACCGAAUGUUAUACAAGGGAAACCCUUGUAAUGUUAAUACAAGUUCCACUGUGUUGUCUAGUCAUUUGCUGGAUAUAACACAUACUCAUAAUUUCACAAAUUUAAUGUUUAAUCACUGAUCACAGGUAGUCAGCAGAAUUUCCUUUGCAAUUUGUAUGACUGCUGGAUCAUGACACUUUGUGUAUCACACUUUUUCAAAUUAAAAAUAAGACCAACCAGAAGUCUAAUUGUAUUUUCCGCACAAGUUAUCGAGUUUUCAGAUUAUGGUUACGCCAUUACAUGAAUGUAAACCCCAGAAUCAGCAAGGUCUGACUAUAUGGUUCUUGAGUAUGAGUUGUAUGAUUUUUUUCACAAAGUAAAUAUGAAAACACCAUAUAGUCAUGUAAUAACUGAAAAACAGCCAUAGAUUUAUAAAAUUCAUGAUAAUUAAUAAUUUCAUAAUAAAUCCCCCUUACAUCUUUUCAAAGUUUACAACUUGUAAUACUUUUACUACAUAAAAAUUACAGUCAGAUGGGAUAAGAAAACUCUUGCAUCAGGACUGACAUAUAAUGGUUGGACAUUAAUAUGGUCUUCAUUUCUGUUAUAAAAACAUCAUCAAUUUUAUACAAGAGGCUGACGUGCUGUUCAGAGUGAGACAAAUGUGCAUGCUGUUAUCUUAGUUAUGUACUUGUUUUUGGUCACAAAAGUGAGUAUUCUCAUAGAGUAUGUAUGUACUGAAUUAGUACUGCACGUAACUUAGACGCAUGUGCAGUUCUUUAUUUUAAAAUAUGUUUUGUGACUCUCCUUGCAGUGAUACUUAUGUAAAAUAUGUCAAGACAUGAAUUACAGUCAAUCAUUCAUUGUAGUAUGUUAGUCUUGUGGAUGAAUGUGUGUCACAGGUUCUAUUGACCAUUUCUCAGUGAUCCACUCCCCCAUACUUCUUCAUAAUAUAGUGCUUACUUAGUUAAGCACAGGGACUGCUUCACCUUCACUCAUUUCAUAUCAUAGAUCUCUAAUAUUAUUAUGCAUUCACUAACAUAUUCAAUAUGACAUGAUAUUAAACAUUAGUAGUACAUCUUCACUUUGGAGCCUAAAUUUUCCAUAGAUAAAUAUGUUCUAAGAGAUUGUAUUCCAUAUGUAUUAUUGGAAGAAGAAUAUGUUUAUGGCUUUUUUUUAGAAGACUUCUUGAAGAGUUCUGUGCACUGAAAUAUAACACUAUGUAGUCUGAUGAAAGUCAACCAACAUUCUGGAUCUUUAGGAUUGAAGCAUAAGUUACGCAAGAAACCAGCAUUAAGCAAGCAACAAGUACAACCCAGUAUGCUGCCUCCUUCAUGCUGGUUUCUUGCUUAGCAUAAUUUUGACACUGAAGAAGGAGACAUGUUCCUCUGAAACAUUAGCUGGUGUUCACCAAACUAGACGGUACCGUAUCUGUGAGGACAGAACUUUUCAUAGCCACUGCUGUGAGAGCCUUAAAUCCAAAAAUACAGAAUUGUUGAUUUAAUAAUAUUAACAAAUUUAGACAAUGUUCAGCAAAAUUUUACAUCUAGUAUUUUGCUAGACAAGCCGAAUUUAACGUUUCAUACUAUUUCCUCUUUGUACACAAAUCAUUAGUGGGGUGAAUUUAAAAUAAGGAGUUAUAACCUUUAACUGCUUUGUGGCCCAGAGUUUUCCUAUAUGUAAUAUGUAAAUGCUAUAUUCUGAAUGUUAAUUUCAAACAUAAAUUAAGUUUCAGUGCAAAGAUGGUGCUUUAUUAUUGACACAAAUUAUUGUUACAUUAGAUCUGUCAACAUUAAUUUUUACUUUAUUGCCCUGUUAGGUGGACUUUGCUUACUGACUUACUGUGACUUAUGCAUGUACAACUUCUGAAGUGAUAGACACAGAAUGAUUCAGAGUCUUCUGGCCAGGCUUCAGGCGGUUGUUGGGAGGAUACUUUUGAACAAAAAACGAACUGAUUGUUGUUUAAUUCAUCACACUUGUCGACUUACGAUGUUUCACCAUUCAUGUGUAUAUUCAGUUACUUACAUUAAAUAUUUUUAAAAGUUCCGAAGUUUAACAGCUGCCUUAUCUUGAAAUUUACAUUAUGUUGAACACAAAUGCCAGCUUGUAUGGUGGGGAUUACCACAUGGCCACAGGACUUUGAAUCACCAUGUAUGCACAAGCACACACACACAUACACACCUGUACGUAAAGUAGGAUUUCUUCAAUUAAAACAUAAACAUUACAUCAUGGAUAAAAUAGUAAAUUAAUGUUUGUGUUCCAAAGUAAUAGGUCGCUCGGUUGGUAUAGUUUGCUUGCAGACUAAAGCCACGAAGUUUGUGUUUGUUCCAAAGUAAUGACACAUAAUUUUCAUGGUGAUAUGAGGUUGAAUGCUUCAGAUAGACUUCCCUACAAAAUGUAAAGAACAUUUGACUAUGUAACAUGUUCCUUUGAAAAAUAAAACACUAACUGAUACUGAUCUACAGCAGCAAUGGCAUUACCAGUGUUCAAGGGUGGCACAAGUCUAAGUUCCAUCCUGGGUGAUGAGAAAAUCUGCUAGCCCCCAAAAUUAAAAACCAGUUAAUUUUUUUCUUCAUAAUUAAUAAAAAGAUUUCCAGACAA